CAACUUAACAAACAAAUUUCAUCAUCAGUCAGUGAGUAUUACCAACAAGGCGAGACCAUGCGAGAUAUUUGGGUCUUCCCCUUCCUCUUCCUCGUCUCUUUCCUGAUCAUCUCAUGCCAUCUCGUAUCUGAUGCUGCUGCUGCUGCUGUUCUCACCACAUCAUCCCAACAUUAUCUAAGCCAUAUCAAUGAAUGCGAUGCUCUGCUUCAGUUCAACAGUUCAUUCACUGUCACAAGAGAUGCCUGCAAAUUCCGAUGCGACACUUCAUAUCCAAAGACAGCCUCGUGGAAGAAUGGCACUGAUUGCUGCUCGUGGGCUGGGGUCACUUGCCACCCAGUAGCAGCAAAUAGAGUGAUCGGGCUCGACCUCAGUUGCAGCCAGCUCAAAGGUACCCUCCAUUCCAAUAGCACCCUCUUUUUGCUCCCCAAUCUUCAGCGGCUCAACCUCUUCUGCAACGAUUUCUCUGGCUCACAAGGAAUUUCACCUAGGUUCGGUAUCUUCACCAGAAUGGCUCAUCUGAAUCUCUCUUAUUCUAGCUUCUCUGGGCCAAUUCCUCUAGAAAUUACUCACCUCUCCCGCCUAAUUACAUUCGAUCUCUCGGGCAACUUUUACCCAACCAUAGAUGACCGUAUUUUCAGAUGGCUUACACAUAAUCUCACGCAGUUGAGAGAACUUAUUCUUGAUUAUACCGACAUGUCUAGCGUUUCUCCUCUGUCCCUAGUGAACUUCUCUUCUUCCAAUCUGACAUCUUUGAGUCUUAGAUGGUGCAAUCUGAGAGGGAUAGUUCCGAUUGACAUCUUCCAUCUCCCAAACCUCCUCAGUCUCUCUCUUUCUAGUAAUGAUCUCACGGGCACUCUACCCCAGACAAAAAACUGGACCAGUCCGCUCGUCUCCUUGGAUCUAUCAGGGACACAGUUCGGUGGGUCAAUUCCUGCUUCAGUGGGGAAUCUGACAUCCAUGACUUUUCUGGACCUAGAGGGCACUGAAUUUACUGGUUCGAUCCCACUGACACUUGGAAACCUUGUCCACCUCACCUACUUGGACCUCGGGCCUAACAAUUUCAGCGGCACCAUGGACUUUGAAAUGUUUGCGAGGCUCAAAAAUCUCCAGUACCUUUCCCUCACAACAAAUAGUUACCUGAAUAUGUCGCUACAAAGUGAUGGCAACUGUUCCUUCCCUAUGCUCCUAUAUCUGGAUCUAUCAUUUUGCAACUUGACCAAAUUCCCAUACUUCUUGAGUUCUUCCGCUGAACUGGAAUUCUUGGACCUCACCGCAAACAUGAUCAGUGGAGGGAUUCCUGAAUGGUUUUGGAGAGUAGGGAGGUACACAUUGAUACACUUAUACCUCUCAGACAACAAUUUUAAUGGUCCCCUCCCUGAUCCUCCUCCUUCGACGAUGUUCUUCCAUGCCUCCAGCAACAAUUUCUCUGGAGAGAUCCCAACUUCAAUCUGCCAAGCCAGUUUACUAGAAGACCUCGAUCUCUCAAAUAACAGACUCAAUGGCACCAUUCCGAGAUGUUUGGGUGAUUUAAGCUUUCUUUCCUCCUUGAAUUUGAGCUACAAUCUGUUACAAGGUCCACUGCCACAAUCUCUAGCAAACUGUACGAGCUUGCAGAAUUUAAUUGUCAGUCACAAUGCAAUAUCUGAUACAUUCCCGCUCUGGCUAAAUGCUAUCUCAAUGUUGGAAAUUUCAUACUUGAGCCUUUCCAACAAUGAGUUUUCUAGACAGUUGCCAAUAAAUUUCCUUCUGAAUUCAACUGCUGAGUUCGUUGACUUAGCCAAUAACAAUUUUGAAGGACCUCUCCCGAUUCUAUCACCAGACAUCAAGUACUAUUUCAUUUCAAACAAUGAGUUCAGUGGAGACAUUCCUUAUCAGCUCUGCAACGCCACUGGGCUGGAGAUUAUCAACCUGUCCAAUAACUGCUUGACCGGCACCAUUCCUCACUGUUUGAUAAAUGUUAGUGUCUCCGUAUUGGAUCUACAAGGAAAUCAAUUUGUAGGUCAGAUACCAGAGAUAAUUUUCACUGAAGAGAGCUGGAUCAAGACAAUCCGCUUAAUUCAAAAUCAACUCAGAGGGACGUUGCCACGAUCUUUGACACGUUGCAAGGAGUUGGAAGUUUUGGAUCUCGACGAAAAUGAGUUAGAGGGCCACUUCCCUUACUGGUUGGAUACUCUUCCACAUCUGCAAGUUCUUAUCCUGAGAUCCAACAGGUUUCGCGGUCCGGUGGAUAGUUCCAAGAGAACUAAUCAUCCCUUCCCUCAGUUACGCAUUUUGGACCUCUCUAACAACAGCUUUUCCGGUCGACUGCCAGCUGAGUACAUUGUCAAAUUAAUAGCCAUGAUGUAUGAAGAGAAAGGUGGUUUACAGUAUAUGGGUGACUCCAACUAUGAAGAUACAAUUUCAGUGGUCAUGAAAGGGGAGGAGUUAGUGCUGGAGAAAAUUCUGACUGUGUUUACAACGAUCGACUUCUCAAGGAACUUCUUCGAAGGAGAGAUCCCAGAGUCGAUCGGAGAUUUGAAGGCACUCAAGGGACUCAACUUUUCUCACAACAAUCUGAUUGGCAGGAUCCCUUCUUCUGUGGGGAAUUUGACUAAUCUUGAGUGGCUGGACCUAUCCUCGAACAAGCUCAAUGGGGAGAUCCCCAAAGGAUUGGCAGAUCUUUCGUCACUCUCCACCUUGAAUCUCUCAUAUAACCAGCUUGUGGGAUCGAUUCCACAUGGCCCGCAAAUGGAUACAUUCAACCACCCCUUUGACGGGAAUCCCGGCCUGUGUGGUCCUCCGUUGUCAAAUCCAUGUGACACUUUGGAGCAGUCACCACCGCAUUCAACUUCCCCUGAAGAAGAAGAAGAAGAAGAAGAAGAAGAAGAAGGGCAUUGGAUUGAAUGGAGGGCAGUGGCAAUGGGCUGUUGAUGUGGACUCAUCUUCGGGAUGUCAGCAGGAUACCUUAUGCUGGAAACUGAGAGAUUGAGAUGGUUGGUGAGAAUGGUUGAGAGAAAAAGCGUAGGAAAAAUACAAAAUACAAAAUAAUCAGGAGGAGCACCAGAGGCCAAUGAGAUGGGAGAUCAGGCAAAAAAAAAGUGGUACGUGGAGGGUCCAUCGAGGGAAAUGGCAAUUUAUCGGUGUGAAGUAGAAAGCUAAACAACUCUAUCCCAUAAGCAUUUUUAUUUUUAUUUUUGUUCUUAUUUCGGGUUUGAAGUGGAAUGGCAAUACCAAUGUGCGUUCUCAGCUUAAUUUUAAUCACAAUACGGAAUUAUCCCCUUUGUCUCAAUAAAUAUAUUGAAGAAUCUGAUCAAAAUUAAA